GUCUCACGUAGAAGAGGUAAACUAGCAUUUAGCAAUUUGAGGUCACGAAGGACCACCACAAACACGCGGCAUUUCUGAUCGUAAAUAAGAGCUUUGGAACAAUUUGUUCCGGAAACGCGAAAAAAAUGGUGAAAAACGUUCGUUCAUAUCGACGUUCAUCUACUACGAAACGUUCUGUGCUGGACGAAGACUCUGAACCAGAACUACCUAGCAUGAGUAAGGAAGCACUGGAAGCAAAUAACGUUGAUAAUAUAUCUUCGGAAGAUGAACCAUUAGUUAAACACGAAAAACCAGAGAAAAACACUGGGAAAGAGACUAUUGGUGACGAUGAUGCAGCGGGAAAGAAUACCAACGAAGAAACCGAUCAAGAUAAUGGUGAGGAAGAUGACGACGCAGAAGAAGAGUAUGUUGUUGAAAAAGUGCUAAAGCACCGUCUGGCUAGGAGAGGUGGUGGUUAUGAAUAUCUAUUAAAAUGGGAAGGAUAUGAUGACCCAAGUGAUAACACCUGGAGUACAGAAGCAGACUGCGAUGGUUGCAAAGAUCUCGUAGUAGCAUAUUGGGAAGAACGAGGUGGUCGUCCAGAUGCCACUUCUAAAAGAAAACGUCUUGGUCGAGGCCGUAAGCCGGAAAAUAAAGAGACUUCUGUUAAAAGCCGAAGGGUUUCUGACCCAGAACCUGCAAGACCCAGUGUAGAGCCUGAAGAAGAACACGAAGAGAGAAAAGAAGUUUCCUCGCCUACUAAGACACCUAGUCCAGAAAACCAUACUGCUGAAAAAAGAGAAUCUCCUCGAAAAAAUGGUCAUGCAGAGCCUAAAGAAAAUGUUCCAUCACCAAACGGACCAUCUUCCUUGCCGAGGAAAGAGGAACUACCGAGUGCUAGUCCCAAGAAGAACCAUUUAAAAACACCUGCUCUUCCUGAAAUGAAAGAAUUAACUGCGCAGCAAGUUGAAAGGUAUGAUACGUGGGAGGAGUUGGUAGCCAGCAUAGAUACAAUUGAGCGGAAAGACGACGGGACACUCGAAAUUUAUUUAACUUGGAAAAAUGGUGCUGUGUCGCAUUAUCCAAGCUCAAUCACGAACAAGAAAUGUCCUCAGAAAAUGCUACAGUUUUAUGAAAGUCACUUGACGUUCCGCGAAAACGAAUGAAAGAUGUUGCUUAGCGAAUGAGAUGUAUAGCUUUUUCGCGGACAAUACAUAGGUAUAGUACAUUUGGACACCCUUGCUUAGAAUUUUGGUUACAUACAUUUUUUUUCUUCACGUCAUUCGUCCUUAUGUUUCCGUUUGCCCUUUUGAAGUCUUGAGUAAUAUCUUACUGAAUUAUGAGAGCUUCUCGGUAGUGAUCAUUUAAUGUUGUACAUGGUGCGAUAUAGUGCAGAGAGACGCAUGAAGGCAGUUUUAUAUAUAAUUCCUUUAAUGUACCUUGAAUUUAACGCUUUUUUCGUGAAAUUGUCUAUUUGCUCAUGUAGUGACUCAUUCCUAUUAUAGUAACUACUAAAACUAAACAAAAAUGUCAUAUUAUUUUUAAACCAUGUUGCACAAUUU